AUGUCUGAAACUUCCUCGGCGGCGCCGUUGGCGUCUCGGAUAGCGUCGCUGGUGCACGCACAUUUCGAUGCCUUACCUGCACGCAGCAAACCGAAGAUAUUCCCCGAUGGGUCUAGGGAGUGGAUUCCAAUGACUGGUAUUGUGGCUGUCAAGGGAUUGCAAUAUAAUGACCUUACAAUAGGAAAUACACGGUCAGAAAGCCUUCAUUGCAUAUCUGUCACAUCUGGAGCAAAGUGCUUACCAGCUUCCCACGUUCCGCGCUGUCAAGGCCUCGUUCUCCACGAUUGCCAUGCCGAGAUCUUAGCCAUUCGCGCUUUCAAUUACUGGCUUCUAACUGAAUGCCAUGCUUUGUUGAUCGAGGAGAGCAAGAACACCAUCAAUAUAGAUCAGGCACUUGGAGUUGAGGACAUUCAUAUUUCAAAGUCACCGUUUAUUCGCAGGAGACAGCCAGCACCUCAAGGGACCAGUACAUCGACACCAUCGGUCAACUGGCCCCCUUUCGAAAUCCAACCCGAUGUCAAAUUCUAUAUGUACUGUACAUGUGCUCCAUGUGGAGAUGCAAGCAUGGAGCUAUGCAUGGCAGCACAGGAGGAUGCCACGCCAUGGGAAGUGACACGCCAUACGGAUAUGAGCCCGACAGACCAGGACGAUCUUCAAGAAGAAAACUUGCUAGAUGGCCGGGCUCACUUUUCUCUUCUUGGUGUUGUUCGCCGGAAACCAGCACGUAUGGAUGCGGAAUCAACCCGAAGCAAGUCCUGCUCAGAUAAACUCGCUCUGCGUCAGGUAUCGUCCUUGCUAUCCUGUGAAACAAGCCGUCUAGUUUCGCCAACAGAGAACGUAUACUUGGCUGGUCUCGUUCUUCCUGAAGAUGAGAUUUCCCGAGUUGGGUGCGAAAGGGCUUUUGGGGAGAAUGGACGUAUGAGGGGUUUAGCGGGUCGAUCGUGGCCGAUUAAUAUGGACCACGAUGGGAGCGCGACUGGAUAUCGCUUUCGACCAUUUGAGGUACUCUCGGUUCCUGCUGAAGAAGUUGAAGCUCUUUGGCCAUUUGCAAAACCAAAAGCCGUCCAAACCCGCUCUGUGUUACCACACGAAGGGCAGAGUGAUGGUACAGACUCCACCGUCGUACUCAAAAAGAGCAAGCCGGGUAACGUGAGCUCUAUAUGGACGGCCGCGUCCUCAUUGCCACAUCCUUGUGUGAUGACAAUGGACACGGGCAGUAAGAAUUUGCCAAACCUGGGACGGUCAAGGACGGGCCUCUAUGAAACCAUUAUCAACGGUGUUAAACAAGGCAAUCGACUGGCUACUCCCACGGCACGAGGUGCUUCAUCGCUAUCUCGUGCUAAGCUGUGGGGUCUUCUUCGAAAUAUACUUCGAUCGACGGAGUGCCUUCGUGAAUAUGAGAGCCAAAGCCUAGAAGAGGAUAACGAUCCACUCCGCUCUAUCAAAGACGCGAGUUCAUACGAAGAUUUCAAGCGAACUGGAGGGGAUGUCACAGAUCCCCACCAUAUUCGACAGGAAGCGAUGCGUGAUGCAAAGAAUGUUCUCAAGGGAUGGGCGCCGAAUACGGGAGAUGAAGGCUGGAAUCUAGAUGUUCUAGUUGAUUCUAAGAAGCGAAAGAGUGAAGGGGUUCAAUGA